CAUAAUGUGCACAACAGGUCCCUGUAAAUUGUGGCUUGAUACAUUCUUAGGAUUGUAGUACUAACAAUGUGUAGAAAGCAAGCGAUAUAGCCACCUGGUAAGGAGAUGAACCUCUUACUUCCGUCGGAGGUGGCCCGAUUAGUGCUGGGGUAUCUCAAUUCGACAAAAUGCACGGGAACUCGAACGAAGUUCCUGGAAGAGUGUCCACAUCUUCGUGAAUACGUCUUUCUGUUGGAAAAUGGACAGGAGUAUCCGACAACGAUCUUCGGCCGGAAUCUGAUCCAUUACCUUAACAUCGGAUACCAGUACACUCAGUAUUUAUCCGCUUGUGGAGAUUCUUUGAAAUAUCCGUUUGGUACGUACUUUUCGGCAUACCAGAAUCGUCCAACUGGUGUUCCCUUUGGAGAACCCUCAGGACGAGAAAGUCCUGCGCAGCAGGGUACUUCUGUACGAAAUGGAUCUCCGUUAACAUCACCACGUCAGCCCUUGGCAGCCGACCGUACGCCUCGAGGCGGCGGCUGGCCAGGGGCUUCACCCGCGGAGCGGGAUCGCCGUUCACCUGCGGACAGCAUCAUCGAUGUAACGACAGUCACCGAACCUCCAUCAUCGGAGCCACAGCUUCCAUCGGGUACAAUGCAGUCAAUCGCAUCAUCCGGAAUUGUGGCACCGAGUCGACCUGUUAGUGAAGCAAGUAUACAGACGGAGGAUUUGCCCCCUGUUACGAGGAAGCAGGCGCAGGCCUCUAACGAGUUAACAACUAACCAUCAACAUCACCAACCUGAGCAGUCAACACAGCAAUCGCGGCAAAUUUGCGUGGUGGGGAGCCCGGCCAUCGCGGUGGAGUCUGCCUCGAAUGUUUGUUUUACGCCUCCGCCAAAUGAUCUACAAAAUCUAUCACGAUACCAGCCAUCAGUAAAUACACCUGCAGGUGUCAAAAUGCCUUCUAAUUGCUCGUUGAACACAUCCACGCCGUCAACCGGAACUCAGUUUACAACAGUAACGGUCACAACGGAAACUAAUGAAUCGGAAUCGCACUUAAUACCGAGGACUGUAUCCUCGGCACCGCAGGAUAAAGUGACAACGGCUCUCUCGACGGUACCGUUGGCGAGCUUCCUGUCUGCGGUUUCUUCAAAACCUGACCCGCUAUCCCCACCCGGAAAUGAUGGAAAUGAUAACCUUGAGACGUCCAUUGGAUUCCAGCCUCAGAUAUCCUUAGCUUCUUUAGCCGCUUCACCGAAGCGAAAAACAGUCGCGCCUAGACGACGUCCAGUUGCGCCACCUAUCGAAUUGUCAAUAGCACCGCCUUCUCCGCCCAAGGACUCUACGGGAAGUACGACACGACGAAUGUUUGAUGAGUUUGUUCAAAACCAGUUAGCCGAAAAAUUAGCCGAGAGUAUUAACGAGGCCGCAAUAGGCCUUACGGCUGGCUGCGAUAGCCAGGGUCAACUCCUAUCGGGAAGCUCAGCAAACGUAAUAGGUCGUCCUUCUGGUACAGGAAGAUCGUUCAGGCCGUUCGCUUUACAUGAAAAUAGUCAGUGUUCUAAUUCAAGUGCCCUUCAAAACGAUCUCCUGGAUUUAGCAAUUUCUAAAGCUUUGGCUGAUCCCGUUGUGGAGGAGUUGGCUCAGUAUAUGGCCUUAAAAACAACGUCUGGCGUUGACUUGGACACCCCUAACGGAACUCCUCUCAAAGGUGCAGCACUACGAACCCCAUUCAAACAAAUAGCGGAGGAAGUCGCUAGUGAAUCGAUCGUCAUCGACGACACGUCGGCGCUAGAGGAACCUCCAAUACCAAUGAGAUCUUUUGAAAAGUUACCAGUUUUAGGAUCUACCAUCGCCGACAAUACUUUAAACCUAGCGCAAGAUUCACGGGAAGUCGUUCUGCAGCCCGGUCAAUGUGUCCAACUUCCGGCGGGUUUUAUCAGUGUGACAACAAGUGGAACCCUUACGUCAUUAAUGCAACAGUCCACUGUUAACCCAGGACAAUCUGGCGCUUCUAUACCUACCACAAAAGUUGUUUCACCUGUCGUCUCCCAAUCCCUAUUCACCCCCAUGGUUGGACCCUCAGACCCGACGAAAAUUUUAAUUGAUUCGUCAUCGGCAAAGGCCACACUGCCAGCACCUCCAGUUCUGCAGAGUGCUCCAAGAAAACCUUCCCCGAAGAUAUCAACGUCGGAGUCAGCAACGUUGUCUGCCUUUGACGAUCGAACACAGUCCGCAUGUGAUCAACAUCCAACAGAGCCAAGCGCUUCACCACAAGCGUCUGUAGCUAGUAAAGCCUUUACAGCGCCAUCUCAUAGCACCAGGACCGUGACGACUAGCUCUUUCCCAGCGACUAGCAACAGUUCUCUUCAGCCAAAGAAAGCUAGCACCUUGGGAAGCCAUAUUCGUGCACUCGAUUUUGACGGUUUGGCAGCGUGUGCCGCGCGCUACCCAAACCUCUAUAAAAAUGUUAAUAUUUAUGAAUCAACCCCGGUUAGUCCACCCAGGCCGAACCACCGUCCUGGUCGUCCACGGAAACGGAAAUCGCCAAAUCCUUUAUGCAGAGCUCCUAAAAUGGCAAGACGUGCCGCGACGAAAAAAUCGAAAGAGACAGAUGCUUCUAACGAGCCAAAACAUAUAGAUAGUACGGAGAACGCUGCCUCUGCUCCGGUAUCAAGUGCCCCGGUUACGCUAUCCGUUUUUAAUAUCCCUACGGCAAUCGUCAGUAUUCCUGAUGAUGUUAGGCCCUCAAGUAGAAGUUCACCUUCAAACGGACCGGAUUCUGUUAAUUUGUCAGUGCAAAAUGACGCCCGUCAGUCUCACACAUUGCCAGAGAAACCAAAAAGGCGUCAAGCUAUUAUGGUGGAUGUUGCACCUAUACAGCGGAGAACUGUUCCUGUAAGAAUAUCGUCAUCCCGAGCUAAACCACGACGAGGAAAUCGUAUGUCGAAGGAUAACACCGAUAAUGAUGUUGGGAUUGAGACUAUUGAUAAUGAAUCAACGAAUACAUCAAAUGCGAAGUUUCGCAUACCUAUGACGCCAAAAAAAUUCGCAGCUUCUAACAAUAAUAGCAGUGGCAAUCGAUUAUCGCUGCCUUUGACCUCCAUUAAGGGCAGAAUCUCAAUCGGGAAGAUGCAGGAGUUGCAAGAGGAGGCUCGACGAGCAGCAAAGGCCACUGACACAAAGAAGCCGUCAGUCGUUUUAAGACACAUAGCGCCAAAGGGGGAUUUGUCUGGAGCACCAAUUCACACCCAAAAUAACAAAUCGGUAAUAUUUUCUACAACGCAUUUGCCCCCUCUUGCACCAAAGAUCAGUCCAACAAACGAAAAGAAAAACCUUGGGCAGCUAACGCAACCCAUUACAGCAAGUGCAGGCCCAAACCAACAGAAAAGCUUAGAAGCAACACAACUGAAGGCCGUUGCAACUUCACAAGGCACGGAAAUAGCAGAGAACGGUCCGGUGGUACCGCUUCUAGUCAAACUACCCGCAUCACAGCAAACGGCACCCAGAACGAACAUUGCGCCAUUCAACCUAGAUAUUUCCGCACUGCUUGACCUUGUGCAUAAAUCGAAUGCGUCGGACAGCAAAACAACUGUCCAGCCAAAAAUAUAGGAUUGAAUUGUAUGUAUGUAUAUGUACCGGAUAUUAAAUGCGGCAGGAUUCAUAGUACUCAUCAUAGCUUGUAGCAACUAGCAGGAAUUAAAUUAUUAUUUAAUAUUGACUAAAUGGAAUGAUAUGAAUUGUAUUUGUAUAUAUUUAUAUAAAUAUUUAUAUAUAACGGAUGAAAAGCUGUCACCUAAAGCGUUGCUGGAGCACGACAUUGCAAGUAUGGUGUUGAUGCAUCUAAAUUUAGAUGCGGGUAAACAAAGAAGCACUUUGCAAAAUAUCAAGGUGCGACUUAUAUAUAUAUAUUGAAAAUGCAUCUGAUCUGAGUAUGUACAUAUGUCUGAAAAAUGGCGUAUCAGCUAACUAGAAGUAGUUGAGCUUACUCAAUUAAUACUAAAAAAAAUUGACAAAGCUGUAAAUAUUCAAGCUAUUAUCAGAAACUUGUAUGUUAACUUGUAUAUAAUUACAUAAUAACUGAAACUGUUCUAUGCAAAUU